AUGACGUCCAAAUCCAACGAACUCGCCAAUGCUCGAGGACCCGAGGACGUGGAACGGAGGGGACGAACAAGAAGAGAAACUGCGAUGGCACGAGAAGCUACCGUCGUCGAUGAUGACGGCUCUGACGACGACGAUUACCAGCCCAGUAAUGAAGGCGACAAGACAACAGCACCAGAGAAUGUGGGCAUGACCCCGAUGAUUGAUGCGUUUGACUACGUGAGCCCGAAUUACCCGUUACGCCCUGCUCGAGCGAUCUGUUUCCUAGACAGAGCACAACAAUUGGCGCGAUGGCGACACCAUUUCGAGUUCUGGUGGGACAUUAUAAUCGCCAUGGACAAGCAAGCCAAAAUGAAUACAAAUCAAGUGACGGAUGAUGUGAUCCGUGAAGAAGUCAUACGUUUAGGCGAGGACAAUCGGGAAAUGCGGCGGGAAAGAGACCGAAUGACGGUGCAGAGAGAUCUAGCAGAAAAACGAGUCGAGGAAUUGACCUUGAAGUUGGAUGGAGCCUAUCGAGAGCAUGAUCGAGAUCAGUCAAUCAUUGCGCUCAUGAGUACGACGAGACAAGCGACGGCAGUUUCAGAGGGAAACAGCCAGAAUCGUGCUCCCCAGCGUCGUGGCUCUCCAGGGCCGCAAAUUGAACCAACACAACGAAAUGCUUCUCAUAGAUUGUAUACGGCCAGCCUAGAACGCUUUGAUAAUCCAAAGUUCCCUGAUGCGCCCGUAUUCUCGGGAGAUCGCAGCUCGUUCGAUAGCUGGCGAGACAAGGUCUAUGACAAGCUGAAUAACAGCGCCACCCAGUAUCCAACCGAACAGCAACGGGUUGCCUACAUCCGUAGCCGCACUGAUGGUAUCGCGUAUCAACAAAUCCGAGCCCAAUGCCGACCAGAUCAUCCGCGCAGUUUUCAAUCAGCCGACGAAACCCUAGAAGCUUUAGACAAGAUUUAUGGGGACAAGAACAAGAGGAAACGAGCGACCAACGAACUACGCACCCUGCGUAUGGGAAGAAAGACCUUUCACGAUUUCCAUGCCGAUUUCGCCCGCUGUGCUGCGGAAGUCGGAUAUGCGGACGAUGCAAUGAUACCCCUACUCGAAAAUGCGAUAUCAAACGAACUGGCGCAACAAGUCUUCGGAUUGCAGAAGCCCACCGAAUUUUAUGACUUGGUGGAUUUUUACCGCGAUGUUGACCACGAGAUGCGUGAUUACGGGAGACGAUUGCCGAACCGUGAAGCAAAUGCACGAACAAGCCUGCAGUUCGUUAGACCACAUUCAAGACAGACGCCUUUCGCCUCGCGAUCUGAAGGCUAUGUUCCGCGCUCGGUAGAUCGUGCCUUGCUCGCCCAGGAUGGUCGGUGCUAUAGGUGCGGUGAGCACGGAAACCGAAUCCACGAGUGCACAAACCCGCGGAUGAAGGAGAUGCCACGCCUUGCUGGUCGCGGGACGGCGAAGGUAAACAAUGCGACAAUGGAAUCCGACACCGAUGACGAGAGCACAGUCGUUGAGGGAAAAGAGAUGUCCUAG